CUGGAUAAUGAACGCUUCGAGACACCCUACAGCCUCCUGGACUUCGUCAGUCCACGUGAGAAAAUCGACCACUCGGCGGGGGAAGAAGCUCCGCAGUUUUGAUGCACCGCGGUUUCGCGACGUCACACGACGUAACGUCAGUGUUCAGUCCGGUCCAGUCAGUCUCGUCGCUCGCGUCGCUCGAUGCAGACGUGUUCGCGGGUCGCGUUUCUUCUCCGCGAAAGAAUCGAGAGAGAGAAGAGGAAAUUUGCAGCGAGCGGACGGUGCGAAUCGACGAUUCUACCUGUGUAUGUAUGUGUGAUUGUGCCGUUGCCCCGAGGACGAUGCCGAGAUCGUCGAGCACCAGCUCGACGACGACGACAUAACGACACUUCGCUCGAGAGCGGAUGCGCCCGAGGAGAAGGACCCCAACGAACGAGGACGACGGAAUCGUCGCCGAUGCUACUGCACCUCUCGUAAGGUACAUCAUCAUCGUAGCGCAUCGGUGCGGCUGGCCGAGAUCGCGUCGUCGUAGGCUGGUCGAGCGACGAGGUUCAAUGUGAACUUACUGAAACAAAGUGGAUAGAUGAUAAACCUUCUUGGAAGAAGACAUGGCAAACUUGAUGGUAAACACCUCUAGUAAGAACAGCUCGCGCAGUGGAUCUCCUAGUAGAGCUCCUUCGACAUCCCAACUACAUCAGCCAUCAACAGUGAACUUGGAGCAUACUCCAAGAUUGCGUAAUGUUUCAAUUUCUCAAGCAGGGGAGGGUAGCACAGGCAGUGGAAGUAGUGGUGGCGGUGGCGGUGGUACCGGAAGUAGCCUCAGCAUGAAAGGCAGCAAUAGACAAAGAUCACCAGGAAAUUUAAUUCGCACGGGAGAUACCAUGGAUGAAUCAAGUAAUACUACAAACACUGCCGAACCAGAGGAGUUUGUGCCAAAUAUUCAUCCACCGACUGAUGACGAAGGAGAACAAUACCAUCCAACUCAAUCGUUCCUAUCGAAUGGCUCUUCUGAAUUGAUAGCCGAUGAUGUUGACUCUAGCGCAGCACGGGUUCGUCAAGCUAUUGAACAUAUACAAAGUAAAAUUGCUAAGACGCGAGAGUUGAUAAGAAUAGAACAAACCACGCGAGAUGAAAACGUCAAUGAAUAUUUAAAAUUGGCUGCUAAUGCUGACAAACAACAAUUAACUAGGAUUAAAACGGUAUUUGAGAAGAAGAACCAAAAAUCGGCGCACAGUAUUUCACAGUUACAAAAAAAGUUAGACAGUUAUAUGAAGAAAUUGAAAAAUUACGAAAUGAAUGGCGCACCUACGAGUCACAGACAACCGAGAGAAAUGUUGCGCGAUAUGGGACAAGGACUUAAAAAUGUGGGAGGAAACAUAAGAGACGGAAUCACUGGUUUUUCAGGAACUGUAAUGUCUAAACCAAGAGAGUUUGCUCAUCUUAUUAAAAAUAAAUUCGGAAGUGCUGAUAACAUAAAUACUUUAUCACUUGAAAGUAAUGGCUCGACUUUUUAUGUAAACGAUACACCGCAUGCAGGUAAUGGUGAUAAUGCUAGCGUUGAAGAAGAUAAAACUCAUCAUGGUUCAGCCACGCUUCCUGGUGGAUGCAGUCUAGGAUCUACCCAAAGCGCAGCGGCUAUGAAAUUCCCGUCCGAGGAAGGAUCGGAGUGUUCUAGUGUAACCAGUGAAAGCGGUCCUGGUAGUAGAGGACAGCCGCACGCCUGUCACAGUAACAAUGCAGCCUUGAGUCUCAAAUCUAUUUUCGCAGAAUUGCAAGAACACCGGGAAAAUCUUGACCAAAUGAGAGAAAAAUUAGAUAGUGUAAAGACAUUACAACAGGAAGUGACAUAUCUCUCCCAUUCCCUCCAAGAAGAACGUUUCAGAUGCGAACGUUUGGAAGAGCAGAUUAACGAUUUAACGGAGUUACAUCAGAAUGAAGUGGAAAAUUUGAAACAGACUAUCACGGAUAUGGAGGAAAAAGUGCAAUAUCAAAGCGAGGAUAGACUGCGUGAUAUACACGAGAUGUUGGAGAGUUGUCAAACAAAAAUUUGUAAAAUGGAACAUCAACAACAACAGCAUCAGCAAUACGUAACGUUGGAGGGUCUAGAUAAUAGCAAUGCAAGAGCAUUGGUUGUAAAAUUGAUAAAUGUAGUAUUAACUGUAUUGCAAGUUAUUUUGCUUCUCGUUGCAACCGGUGCUGGUAUUAUGAUGCCUUUCCUCAGAACUAGCUGUACUAAGCCUCAUUGUUUCAUGUGUAGGGUGCGUAUAUUAACAACUACAUUCGUUGUGCUUGGCAUAGUAUUUGUGCUAAAGCAAUGGCCUGAGGUACAUGACGUUGGCAGUCAUCUCAUACGUCAUCUUAAACAGACCCUCGCCAUGAAGUAGCAUUGGUGGAAUACUUAAAUUUAAUUGAAUUUUGUGAUGAAGCUGGGUUAGAUUGGAUACACAUUGAUUGAAACCUUGCAUCCACUUAUCAGUGUUGUAAUAUUGAAGCAAUAAUAGUAUGUAUACAUGUAAAUAAGUUUAUUUGUAUCUUUGGUUAUUUUAAACUUUAUUAUUAUUAUUGUUUUCGUAAAAAAUAAGUAAUAUGUUAUUUCUAUUUUUGAUAUUAUUAUUUAAAUUGACGCAAAGUUAUUUUGCUGUAAGUAAAUACGCGUUUUUUCAAUUAAUUUGUACAAAUUUUCAUUAAUUUAUAUUCACAUUUUGAUCUGAUAUUAGCUUCAUUUUUUCAUGAUUCAUUAGCGAUCUAUAGUGCUGGACGAAUUAGAAAUUAAAGCACAGAGAACAAUUCAAAUAGUGUUAUAUAGUGUGACACUGCUUGGGUAUAUAUAUGUGAUACAUUAUUAUGAAAGUUUAAUUUCACCAAUUGGUAACAUAUCUCAUAUGUUUAUUUUUUGGCGGAUAAAUAGCUAAAAGAAUUAGUGUAAAACAAAUCAAGUGAAAAAGUGUUGUUUAAGUGAUGCACACCAGAACACUGUCUUCAACCUUCACAAUGAUAGCUCCAGCGACAAUUUGUUAAUGUAAAAACGGUUCGUUUUGAAUCCUCUUGGAUAUAUAUGUUGAAACUAAAUGAAGAAUUUGUAACAUCCCAAUCGUCCAAUUGCUAAACAAUAAUUGUAAAUUAAGGCAGAGCUCUUAUAUCAUUAAAAAAAUAGCUGCUGUUCGGUAUUGUAUAAAGUAGUGUAUAUUGUACAUUGUUUACUUGUUAUUUGUAAGAUUCGAUAUAUAAAAAGGUAUAAAUUCUCUAGAAAAUGCAAGCUUUUUAAUUAUCAUUGUUAUGCAUUGCAUAAAAUAAUAGUUAGCGUGUAAAUUAAGUCCCACAUGCGAUGAAAGGGACAAUGAAAGAAAUUCUGCUAAAAAUUACGUUAAAAAAGAUAUUAUGUUUGUGGAAAAUCAAAGUGAAUACGAAAUUUAAAUGUAAAUAACAAGUUUCACGUACAAUGCGCGCAUGUACUAUUAAAUCCGAUAUCAAUAAAAGAGGACCAAUUGUCUCUUUCCUCUUAUACUACAAUACAAUUUCCAUCGCAUAUAAAAUAUCUUAAAAUGUAUGACAAUGGUAAACACAAAUUAAUUAUUAGCUCAGUUAGCAAUUUAAUCAUCAAAACACAUAAAUCUGCAUGUAUAUUAUAAUGAGCAUAAAGAAUUGUGAACCAUGACAGUUAAUUGAAAUGAGAGAAAGACUGAAGGACUACAGUGCUGUAGGAAUUAUGUUUAAUUUAACAUUGGCGUGAAUUGAAUGUAUAUUAUUAUUUUAAGUUUUUAAUAUCAGAAAGAAAUUCCUUGUAUAAAUUAAUAUCAUAUUAUAAUGUGGAAGAAUGUAAAUUUAUAGAAACGCGCAAAGUAUAUUUGAUAUGCAGUAAAAACAAGUUAAAAUCACAAAAUAGAAUUCUAAAACAAGAUUCACAGCGUCUUGUGCUUUUUCUAUGUAUGUUAUCGUUAACAGAGCAUAAAUAUGACUUCUAUAUUCACCAUUUUACAAUAUUUUUUCAUUUUUUCACUAUUCCGUGUCUGAAAUGAUCCAUGUUAAAGCAUUAUUGUUACUCGAUACACGAAUCGCAACAUACGAUGCACAUUUAAAUUAAAUAGGAAAUAUCUGUAGGAAGAUUUCAUUUUAUUGAAAUAAUUUUAUCACGCUGUUUCUGUCUUGCACAUAAAAAUUUCAAUGUUUAUCCUCAUUUUAGGCUAUAUGUGUUUGAAGCUAAGUAAUAAUAACAAUAGCUCGUAUUCAACAAUUCGGUGUCAAUUUAAUGGCAUAGCAAAUAUAACAGCACAAAGAAUUUCCUAUUCAGAAUAUAAUUCAAAAUAGCUGCUUAUAUUGUAUGUAAAAGAAAUUUAGUGAUGUUUCACUAUGUGUCGAUACGAAUAUUUUGAAUAUUGAUAGUAUACAUUGCUGUCAAAUGUUGUAUUAAUUUAUAAGUAUGAAAUAAGAUAAAAAAAGGGAUAAGAAUGUUUGAUAAAUGAGUAUCAAUUCAGUAUAUGGAAAUUAAAAGCGUGGUGAAAUAAUUUAUGCUAGUGCAAAAAGAUUGCUAUUCAAUUUAUUCUUGAUCUCAAAGCAAUGGAAAUUUGCAUAUUCAUUGGGUAUAUUUGGGUUUUUCUCACGAGAUUAUCCAGCAAAGUUCUCGUCUGUAUAGCUUAGCAUUGAUUUGGACAAUUUAACAUUUGACGUCAGAAAAAAAUGAUGUUUAAAUAUUUUCAAUAUUGUUUUUCAUGUUCCUCUAGAGUAAAUAUUCCAUUUCGGAUUUAUACAAAUUGCUGUGAUUAUACUAGGUUUAUAUAUAAGCUUAAAAUUUAAGAAGCAGCUUUGGGAUCAAUAUAAUCGCGAUUGGAAAAUACUACACAAAACGUACAUGCUGUAUAAUAAUAAAUUUUUCGUAAAUAUCAUGCAUCAUUCAUAUAGUAAGUAAUAUUUGCGACAAAUAAAAACGUAUAUAAUAUAUUAAUUCAACCGAAUAUCUUCGUCAAUAUGUUUCUUUUGUUACAUAAAAUACAUGUAACUAAUUUUUUUAAAUGUAAAUAUUUAAUAUUACAUAAUCAGAAAAAUAGCUAAAAUGUAUAGGGUGUUGAAUAUAUAUUAAAUUUUAUAUUAAAAUGUGACAAUGUUUGAAUUGCAUUUAGUUUCUUUAAAUUAAAUUUAAUAUUUAAGAAAAUUAUUUAUUUUGUUCUAUAUUUUUGUUUGAUAAUACAAAAACAUCCUAUAUGUUUGUAAUUUUAGAUCAUGGUGCUUUGUAAUAUAUAUAUUUAACACUAUUAGAGGAUUAGAGAAUUUAUUCAUACGAUCGACCACCGAUUUAUAACGAGGGCCCCUGCACGCUUACAAAAAUAUAUAUAUAUUCGAGCGAUACGUAGAAGAAAAUUGAAAAAUUAAAAUAUAUAUAAUAGAUUGAUGCGCUAAUUCUCGAAAUUAUAAAAAGAGUUAUUAAACAACGACGAACGUAUUUUGUACUUCAUUGAACUAUCGCAUAAGUUUACGUUUUUCUAUAUAAAGCCGUUUACAAUUUUAUAUGUAUUUUAUAUUUACGAAACUCUACGGCACAAUGUCAUACAAAUAGUAUAUGCACCAUAUAAUUUGCGAUGUAAUCGGUAAUGAGUAUUGGAAAAUAUAAUCAUUUGUCGUCGUUUGUAGCUCUUAUAGGGGCCCUUUAUAUAUGUAGAUAUAACGUAGACAACAGAAUUAUUAAAUAAAUUAUGUCAUCGAUGCCUUGCGUAGGUAGGUAGUUAAUGUCAAAUUAUAGAAUAAAUAUUCGUUGUCAAUUGUAGAACGGUAAUAGGCAAAGCCAGCAGCAGUUAUAUUGUAAAGAUUGUUACAUUCAUUGUAUAUAUAUAAAACAGCUGCGUAUUCGCGCAAUUCUGAUAUCUAAGAGAUAAUAAAAAGAAUAUUUCAAAAACUCUCUGAACAUACGCUAAAUUUAUAAUAUCCAUUUUUCGAUACACCGAUAUACUUUUUAGACGUACAUCGUGUUAUUGCUGCUGGUAGAGUCGACGUACCGAGGUACGACUUGAUUGAGCGAAUGCUCUACGAUUCGCAUUAUUUCGUACUGUCAAAAUAAAACGAAUUUUUAGUAAAA